AUGUCGUCAAACUUCUACCUGAGAGAUAAACCACAAGAGGAGAAGCGAAUGGUGUUAGAGAAGUUCGGUACCGGGGCCAGCGUCCACCAAAGGACGGCGAAAUCGAACAAGGAUGCCAGCGUCAGCACUUCCACACCACUUUCACCUCCUCCACCAGACUCCAUCGUCCAGCACUUCUUGUCACGCAGAAAACGCGUCGAAUUCAUACAAUCCCAUCCCGUCCAGCCCAACUCGGGAGCAGCACGCCACCAUCUACAGAGCCUCCCAGCAAUCUCUCGCACGCCCAUCGAGUGCAAACGCCCCAAAAAUCCCCCCACGACUGGUACCGGCCGCGUCACGCACUUGGUUUCAUCCUCCACCAACACAACACCCGGCCCCGCAUCGUCACAGGCGGGUUCCUACUUCACGCUUCAGCCUGCCGCCUCGGGCGUCGAAACGCGCUCUCCAGCCAACAGACUACCGCCAGCAUCGAAAAGCAGCCAUGGAAUAGACACCUCAUACGGACCGCCGAUCGCGCUCAUUACAAGAGGAUCCUUCAAUAAGGAAGUUGCGCGAAUGGUGCACACUCCAGGCGAUUACGAGGAUGAACAGCAGGACUUGAUUCAUCCAGGAUACACAGCCCCGGUGAACCUUCGGCUGCAGAGGAGCAACAGUUUGGUGGCGCAAGAUAGCGCGGGUGUGAGCAACACUGGACGGAAGAGGCAGGAUAGCGGAGCGUCGAACCGAUCAGCACCUCGCGCGUCAAGUCGGCAAGGUCACGGUUCUGUAUGCUCAAAAAAUACCAUGGCCCUACAGCACGAGCACGGCGCCGCCGAGGCCGACUUUGGCCUUGAACAGGGCGAGAUGAACGGAAGCGCAGAUACAGCAAGCCAGGGAGACUACCCACAAGAUGCCCUUGAUCAUGAAGGCGAUCGCUCCGGCCAAGGUAGCGAGGAUCUCUUUCUUAAUAUUGCGGAGAGCCCCCGCCAUCGGAGCGAAGAAGAUGGUACGUACGGGAUUGAGCGUAGAAGGUCCCGGCGGACGCGAGCAUCACAACGCCAAGUAUUGCCCAGCAACUCGCUCUCUUCACAAGUGGACAAUCCAGUGCCGGGUGGGCUCGCAUCUAAAUCUACUGUAUCAACGCUUCCGGCGCAUUAUAGGGGAUUCUCCCGAAGAUUAUCGCCAGCUGCGGAACCGCGGUCACUGCAGGACCUGUCCCCAAUGUCACCCCCAGAAUCUUCGGACGCCGCCGGCGACCACUACCCCGGUCUCUCCCCUCACUCUUCCUUUUCAUCCGCUCUUGCACCCGAAGCAUCAGAACGGAGCAGGCACCGACCACCUCACAACGACCAGCAACCGUAUCGAAGCCACACCCAUCGCCCUUCGAACCUGCAUUACUCUCGAGAACUCGAUCCCGGUUUCUACGCCAAUACUCCACCUUCUGCAGUUUCCAACGCUCACCGAACCCACUCCCGCGCAGACGGCGCAUCCUCCGCUGGCUCGUCCGCUGCUCCGACGACAGUUUGGGACGAGGUUGAAGACCUCAAGUCCCGCAUCGCUAGGCUCGAAUUGACGCGCAACAUUCCAACAAACGCAGUCAUCUCCAACGGCUCGGCAGACCGUCCGCGCACCGCCACCACAACCGUGACGACCAUUUCGUCUUCGCCCAAACAACUCCGCAAACCAAGCGCCAGUGGUUCAGAUACCCCUAUCGGCGGGCGGUUGGGCGCAGAGCUCCAUCCCACCUUGCACACAGCGUUAGCCAAAUGCAAGAACCAGUUGAACCCGUCACUAUACCGGUCGCUCGCGGCCGCAGCAUCCGAUGCGCUGGAGCUGGCCGCUUUAACCGGAGGACCUCAGGGAACGGCCUUUACAGCGGCGAGCAUGAUCAACAGCGUAGCGGCUGCGGAUAGACAGGUCAGACGGAAAGCAGACAACGUUUGCCGCAGUCUGACCGAAGUGUGUAUUGCCCUGUGCGACGCCAAGUCCAUCUCCACCGAUUCUGCACCACCAACCACGAUGCUGCCAGCAAACCUUGCAGCAAACCUCGCGAUCCGACGCGCAAGCCUCCAACAAAACGGCACCGCCUCAGCCCUAAGCAGAAGCACCCGUGCCUCCACCGAACCCCCCGAGCGUAGCACCCCCAGUAGGGCACUCAACCGCAUCGAAGCCCGCCGAAGCAGUCUCCUAGGCCUAAACGGCACCUCCUCCACCUCAACCUCCGACUCCACCUCCCGAGAAACCGAAACUAUCCAGGACUCCAUCGAAGACACCGGCUCCGUGACGCCCAAAACCGCGUCCCGCUCCACACACCCGCCCAUCAGUGCCGCGAGGGCAGGAACUUCGCUCCUGCAUACGCGCCGCACGCAUGGAGCCUCGGGAGGCGCAGAAGACGACACGGAGCGCGCGCGGCCGCUGUCGAGAGCCAUGACGGAGAUCGAGCCGCUGCCCGGUGACAGGGGCGCACGGCUCAGCGUCGGCAGUGGGGGGCACGCACAGCGCCUCUCGCUGUCCCGUGACUUCGCGGCGAAACACGCGUCGGACUCGCUGCAUACGCAGCCGUACUCCUCGCCUCUCGCGCACGCGUCGUCGCUGAGAAGGACCUCGAGACACGAUGGCCAGGGUAGCCAUGUACCGGGCUUGGCGUUAAGAGGUGCGGUACUGGAUGGGAGUCGACGAUAUGGCGCUAGAAGGACGCCGGAGAGGGGUUUGGCGCCUGAAGCAGCAAGCAGCGGGGGCGAGGCGAGACAGCGCGUCGUGAGUCUGGGACUCGAUGUUGCGGGUAAGGGGGCCGACGAGCUGGGGCGAAGGAGGAGUUUGGGACGGAGGGUUAGGCAGAGCACGCCUGGGGCUACUGCUGUGGGUGUUAGGGGGGAGUAA